AUGAUCCCAGAGGAAAACUUCGAGGAGAACAGGUGAGAUUUCAUGCUCGAUCUUGUGUUCUUGCUGGAGCUUUAUGACUGUUUGAGACAUGUGGACGGACAUCAUGUGCUGGAGAGGAAUGUGUCUUGUCCUUUGAACCUUACCUCGCUUGCUCUGCUGCAGCUGGUGAAAUCCAACUUUGAGUGCGUAGACUCCUGACUUUAUCCGGGUGCAAACUGAGACUGAAGGCGCCAUAUAUGGCCCCUCAUAUGUGGCAUUCAAGUGUGCAAACAUUCAGCAAAUAUAUAAUGACUUAUAAGCUUAAUGCACUGGACAUUUUAAGAGUAAGAACACAAAUUUGAAGAGUUUCUUUCACAUUAAGCAUGCAUGUUGCAGCAUGCAGUGGGCUGUGUUUACUAUGCAAUGCCUGUUAUGUAAGCCCUCUAAUCAAAUCCCUUCUUUAUUUUAUCACAGUCACAGCCAUGCAGAAUUAUUAUUAAAACUCAUGUGACUCCAGGAGGAAUUGGAAACUUUUAACAGAUUUAUAAUUUCUCCAGGAAGACUAGCUUUGUCUUGACAAAAUGCACAUAUUUAAGAACUGCAGCAGCUCAUGUUUGAUGGAAAAUGUACAAGUUUUUUUUCUAACCGCUGCACUCUUCUUCCUACUAGGAUGCAAUCUGCAGGUCUGGCUCUGGAGGAGUUGUUAGUCACGGCUCAGAAGCAAGACUGCUUAACCGUUGGCAUCUAUGAAUCAGCCAAACUUCUCAAUACGUGAGUUGAAAGUACUGAAUAAGUCCUUUCAAGCCAAGCGUCCCAGAUAUUGAACUUUUAUAAUCUCUCUAAAUCUCGUGAUUCUUCUCUCCCCUCCUCAGGGAUCCGGACAGUGUGGUUCUGUGUGUUCUGGCAGCUGACAAUGCAGAUGAUGUGGCACUGCAGAUCCACUUCACCCUGCUGCAGUCCUUCUGCUGCGACAGCGGCCUCAACAUCCUGCGAGUAUCGGGGGUUCAGAGACUCCAACAGCUGCUCUGUGCCGUGGACGCCAACAGAAACCAGGAAGAGCAAGGAGACCUCCACUGCAUGCUGGUUACGGUGUGUUGACUCAACACAACAGCCCUCUCUCUUACGUAACUGAAAGGCCAAGCUGGGAAUAUUUUGUUACGGAUAAAUUUUCAUGCAGCAGCUGACAUUUUCUCUGAUAUUUCUGCUGAUUCAUGCAGGAACUUUUCCUGAACUUUCUGUCGGUUUUUGAAUUGAAGUUAAAGUUGCAUUUGUUUCCCCCCUUCAGAAUCCACAAGCUGACCACUGCAGACUACAAGAAGUGGGGACCUACUGCCAGGAGAGUCGACGCCUGGACCAGUGGGUUCCUGAGCUGGUCCUGCAGGAACGCUGA